AUGCCCGGCUCCUACCAUCGCUCUGUUGUUCUUGGACCGGCGUUCCACUCGGCUGAAAAGCCUGACCUCCUUUCGCACUUUGUUUCGUACCGUCGACCCCCUCAAGCUACCACUCGAUUAGCCCCUCGCGCCUUGCCAUGGCCGCCCUUGGGCGGGCAUAACCGUCAAGGAUGUGAAUCAUGCAACAAAGUUGGCCGGUUCCUCCAGGCCAUUGUCUCCAGCCAUUGGCAGCUGGUCCCAGCGUUCAUCCGGCUCUUGGAGCCCACAACCCCGGGUAUUCUCCCACCACCCGCCUAUGAUGCGCUUGUCUUGCCGACCCUGGCCUCAGGUGAGGCUAUCGAUACGUUGACCACUAAGACGUUCCGGCGCUUGCAGAUUCUAGAUGUAUCGUCUGAAACUGAUUGGUACCCUCGAACAUGUCCAGCUCAUUGGCGCCGUUUCUGGCAAGCUCAGGUCCCCCACAAAGUACACAUAAUCCUCUGGCGCGCCCACCAUCAGCAACUGUCAACUCGAGCUCGUUUACACUCGCUUUGCCCGGUGCCGUCACUUCAUCCACCCGCAUUUUUUGCGAUGGUAUGGAUACCGAUAGACAUUUCUUGUGGUCCUGCUCGAACAAAGCGCCUGCUUGGUUAG